CAUACUUUCAAUUUUUGUCCUUGAAAAAAAUAAACUUCUUCUUUUUGAAAAAAAGUGAUAAACUUCUUCUUUAACAAUACCUAUUUUUUUUCUCAACUUCUACAGAUAUGAAGAAAAUAUUAUAAGGAUAUUUUAGUAAUUUUAUUCUUUUCCUACCUCACAUUACCUAAUAAACAUCUAAACACAAUUUUUUUAACUCAUUAACUUACUUUACCUACCUUUACCUACCUAAUAAAACUUUCACCUGCCUCUAACCAAACAUAUCAUAAGAACUUUCUUCGAGUGGUGUCUAGUGUCUACUGCAAGUAUUUCAUCGGCUCAUGCCUGUCCUGCCUGUCGCCGCCGUCUACUUCCGAUUACAGGUUGAUACAUCAUUUUUGCUGGACAAGUGUGGUCUCGGGUUCAGUUUUGAAGAAUCGAAGUUAGAAACACGCCUUUAGGGAAAGACUGUGAAGCCACACAAGCUCUAACUUGUUCCUCUGUACUGAAUUGUCAUGGCUGCUUGCAGAGUUAGCCCCCUCCACAAUCCCAUUCUUAUGAUUCCAUUCACAUCUUCCACGCCAAAAUCCCAUUUACCCAUUCAUUCCCUUUCAUGCCAUCACAAUCCUGAACUUCCCAGGUUGAGGACUUCUCACAAACAUUGGAAAGCAAGAAAGAGUCGGUUUUCUAUAUCUUAUUGUUCUGUGGAAGAAGGCACUACAAGUUUCUCAGAAUCAGGGUCAUCUGAUUCUUCCACGGAAACAGACAUUGACUUGAAGCUUCCAAGGAGAAGUCUUUUGUCUACUUUCACCUGCAACGCCUGUGGCGCUCGAUCUCAAAGGUUCAUAAACCGUUUAGCCUAUGAAAGAGGACUCGUCUAUGUUCAGGCAAGUUGAGUGCGAAAACGAUCAUAUCAUCUCAAUUUCUAUAUCUCUUUGAUCCACCACAAUGCAUUAUCCAUUUUCGCCAGAAAUGUUUUCGUGACAGUGUUCAGGGUGCUCAAAGUAUCAUAAAUUGGCGGACAAUCUUGGUCUUGUGGUUGAAUACAACUUGAGAGAUGGAAAUGAUGGCGGGGAUUAUUAUUCAGAGGGAGACCAAUAUUUACAAUAUAAUGCGUCAAGAACAAGGUGAAAAAUGUUGAUAGAACUUGAAGGAAAGAUGGGAUUGGUGAAUGCAUCAUACUAUCUCCACUCGGAUCCUAUAUCAGUAUUUGGUGCCCUCCAUCUCCUAUGCAAUAUAUACAGUACAAUCACUUGUAUGAUGUUUCUCGUACAUCCGCUGUCAUUUAUGAGUAACUAAAUAUUCAUUUUCAAAUAAUUGAAUACUCAUUUU